AUGAAGAAAUACAUUAUCCUUCUCUCAGCGAGCCUCUUGGCCAUAUCCACCUUUGCCUCGGCUGACAUAUAUUUAAAAGAAACAUUUUCCGACGACGAUUGGACAAAGCGUUGGGUUUAUUCCAAACAUCGCGACGACCUCGGUAAAUUCGAAUUGUCAGCGGGUCAGUUUUAUGCACACGAGGUAGAAUCUCGCGGCCUCAAAACCUCUGAAGACGCAAGAUUUUAUGCAAUAUCUACGAAACUGGAUAAGGUGCUCGAUAAUUCCGACAAGGAUUUAGUUGUUCAAUUUUCGGUUAAGCACGAGCAGAACAUCGAUUGCGGUGGUGGAUAUGUCAAGCUUUUGCCGCCAGAGUUCGAUCCUUUAUCUUUCAAAGGAGAAUCACCAUACAACAUUAUGUUUGGGCCUGAUAUUUGUGGUAGUACUCGAAAAGUUCACGUGAUUUUAGGCCAUAAAGGGGAAAACAAACAGGUCAAGAAGGAAAUUUCAGCACCUUCAGACCAAUUGACCCAUUUGUACACCUUGGUACUAAAAUCGAACCAUACAUAUACAGUUUUUGUUGAUAACAAAGAAGAAUUAUCCGGAACAAUAGAGGAUGACUUUGAUCUUCUUCCUCCUAAGGAAAUCAAAGAUCCCGACGCAAAAAAACCCGAGGAUUGGGUUGAUUUAGUCGAAAUUCCAGAUCCUGAUGACGUCAAACCUACAGAUUGGGUGGACGGACCAGAGACCAUACCCGAUCCUGAAGCCAAGAAGCCAGAUGACUGGGAUGAUGAUAUGGAUGGAGAUUGGGAACCACCGCAGAUCGCUAAUCCCGACUACAAAGGCGAAUGGAAGCAAAAGUUAAUUCCCAAUCCUGAGUAUAAGGGUCCAUGGUCCGCUCCCUUGAUUCCAAACCCUGAAUACAAAGAGGAACCUUCACUUCAUGCCUAUAAGUCAGCUUAUAUCGGAUUCGAUUUGUGGCAAGUGAAGUCUGGCACGAUCUUUGACAACAUCCUAAUCACCGAUGACGUUGAAUUUGCUAAGGAAUUUGCCGAAGAAACCUUUGUCAAGUUCCGCGAAACAGAAAAAGAGGCAAAGCGAAAAUUGGACAAGACAGACGAGGAUACUGAUGGUAGUGAGUCAAAGGAUAAAGAAGAAGACGAAGACGAUAUAAUUGAUAUGGAAGUGAAAGUUGGCGACGAUGGAAAAGUUGUCGUCUCGGAACCAGACCCAAGCUUUGAUCUCAAAGACGACGACAAGCCGAAACCUGAUGAUGUCCCACCAGUGGUUGAACAAAUUCAGGAUGAUCUUGAGAUUGACAUCAAAGAGGAUAAGAAGGUUGAAGAAACUUCAAAAACAGUAUCCGAGUCUACUGACUCAUCUUCGGUCUCCGAGGAAUCCGCUACAACAUCUAGUUCUAAACCAACAGAGAAGGAGACCACAACGUCACUUUCUUCACCGGUAAAACAAGAGAGAGACGAAUUUGAUGACUUAUUCGAAGAAUUUGAACAAGAAUUGAGCUCGCCGAAGAGGGAUGAACUAUAA